UGUACAGGGAAAAAACACGGCUCAACGAAACACGUCAAGCCAUGGCAGCCGAGAUCCAUUCAAGGCCCCAAACAUCAAGACCAGUUCUUCUUAACAAAAUCGAGGGACACUCAGAUGCUGUCAAUGCUGCUGUUUUGAUUCCAAAAGAGGACGGAGUCAUCACUGUUAGCGAGGACAGAACGAUCCGGGUAUGGCUCAAGAGAGACAGUGGCCAGUAUUGGCCCAGCAUUUAUCACACCGUCUCCUCGCCAUGCUCCUGCAUGUCCUACCACCACGACAGCAGACGCAUCUUUGUAGGCCAGGACAAUGGUGCUAUUGUGGAAUUUCUCAUCUCGGAAGACUUCAACAAGAUGAACCUUGUCAAGACUUAUCCAGCCCACCAAAAUCGUGUGUCAGCCUUGGUGUUUUCUCUGGAGAGUGAGUGGGUGGUGAGCACCGGACACGACAAGAGCGUCAGCUGGAUGUGCACCCAGAGCGGCACCAUGCUGGGACGACACUACUUCGGCUCCUGGGCCUCCUGCCUGCAGUAUGACAACGCCACGCAGCACGCAUUCGUGGGGGAUUACUCAGGGCAGAUCACCCUUCUGAAACUGGACAGACAGUCCUACUCUACCAUCACCACACUGAAAGGCCAUGAAGGUUGUAUAGGAGCUCUGUGGUGGGAUCCUGUCCAGAGUUUGCUGUUUUCUGGGGCGUCAGACCACAGUGUCAUCAUGUGGGACAUCGGCGGGCGCAAGGGGCGCACACUACUUCUGCUAGGACACCACGAGCGCGUGCAGGCGGUGCGUUACCUGCAGGUCACCCGGCAGCUGCUGUCCUGCUCGGCCGACGGAGGCAUCACCGUGUGGAACAUGGACACGCACAGGGACGAGGCUCCUCAGUGGCUGGAGAGUGACUCAUGUCAAAAAUGCGAGCAGCCUUUCUUCUGGAACAUCAAACAGAUGUGGGACAGUAAGACCAUGGGGCUUCGGCAGCACCACUGCAGGAAAUGCGGCAAGGCGGUGUGUGGGAAGUGUAGUAGCAAGCGCUCCACCUACCCCAUCAUGGGCUUUGAGUUCCAGGUGCGGGUGUGUGACGCCUGCUUCGACACCAUCAAGGAGGAAGAUCGGACAGCCCUGGCCACGUUCCACGAGGGGAAGCACAACAUCUCCCACAUGGACAUGGACCCUUCCCGAGGCCUGAUGGUGACCUGUGGUAGUGACCGCAUCGUCAAGAUCUGGGAUAUGACACAGGUGGUUGGCUGCAGCUUAGCAACGGGUUUCACUCCUCGCUGACUGGCCCCUGCCUCCUGUUGGUCCCAAGACUCCGCCCCCUCAUUCAAACCAGAGAACUGCAGUCGCCAUGGAAACUAUCCUCUCAUCUCUCCGACUCCUCCCUUUCUGCUUGUGCUCUUUUAACCCAAUCUGGACGAAUGGAAGAAGUAGUUUGUGUGUGUGUGUGCAUCCUUGCACCACGCCUGCAUGUGUGAUUUAAAUGGGUCUCAGGUCUUAUUUGCAGCUUGUAUUUGGCUAAACUUAUUCUAAGCACAACGUGAGUUUGAGAGUUUGUAUGUACGAGCGUGUGUGACUGAGUUUGUUGUAUAGUACUGAUUGUGAGGAUUGAUAUUGAUAGUUGUUUUGUUUGGCUUGUGUUUGGUUCUUUCAACAUAGUUGGUCAGCCCUUAUUUCUCUUGCACUGUAACGUGGGAAUUGUAAAGCAACCCAAAUCCACCAUUCCCCUCAAAACCAUUCCUCUCAGCAGCAUCGAUCUUUUAGCAUUUAGUAAACACUAGGUGGAUGUAGUCUUUCCUGGCCACUGUAACAUAGAAACAUGACGUUCGUAUGCCCUCGUGUGUGUGACGUGUACACUGCUAGGUGUAGUUCCCUUGUUUACCUCUCCCACUGAGGGAGAGAGCGUUCACUCUUGCUCUGCGCUCCCUCGCUGGUUCUCGUUCUCUCUUUCACUAGUCGGCCUUAAAAUCUUGUGUUCGUCUCAGGAGGCAAACACAGAAGACUCUUGUCAGAGGGCGGAGCCAGAUGUGUCUGCCAUAGGCCCACGCGUUUUUUUUUGUUGUUUUUUUUUUACUCAACUAGUCCACUCUCACCCUGCAUAUGUACAGACACCAUGUGUAGCACGGAUAAGUCCACUCUGCUGCCUUUUGUGACAAGUUGUAUGGGUAUCCUGUAAAAGAAACUGCGUUAAGGUUUCCUCAAGAGGGUUUUCUUCUUUAGACCGGCACUUGGUCAUUGAGGCGGUACGUUCAAUUGUAAAUGUAGCACUAAACAUUGUCAUACUCUGUAUUUCUGGUGAAGUCAUUGUUUGUUGUGGAACAUGAGACUGGGUGUGUGUGUGUGUGUGUUUCCUCCGGGGCCUUAAGAUCUUAAGCCUUCUAGAUGUUUCUAAACGUUCAACUCAUGACUGUUCACGCACACACUCACUCCACUCUGUAACUGAAUUUUUUUGGGGGGGUUGGUGGGGUGGUCAUUUCUCAACCUUCUUUUUUUAAAGGUUGACUCAUUAAUCUUAGUGCUCUACCGCCCCCAUCUCUCCGUCCUCCUCUCUCCCUGGCAUGGCUUCCGGAAGGCUCUCACCUGCACUGAAUGCACAUUUUGUGUUUUGUUUUUCAGGACACAUUUUAACACCAUUUUGAUUUUGUUUCCUUUAAGGUGUAUGCGUCUUUAAGGGUGUCAAUGUCGGUUAACAUAUGAUAGGAUAGACUAACACUUGUUCAAGGUAAAAAAUAAAUUUAAAAAAACUUAGACUUAGAGAACUUACACUGAAAUUCCUGAUAGUAGUCACAUUCAAGUUUGGGUCGUGUAGUGUGUGUUUAUAUUUGUAGGGAUUUGUAAUUAUGACGAUUGUGUUCAUGGUAUCCGUUUGUUAAUUUAUACUGUGUGUUGGUCUGGUGUAGGACAGGUGCAGGAUGGUCACAUUGAAAGGAGUGUACUGGCAACACCCCACACACCACCUCCACACACCACCUCCACACACCACCCCCACACACCACCCCCACACACCACCCGCACACACCACCCCCACACACCACCUCCACACACCACCUCCACACACCACCCCCACACACCACCUCCACACACCACCCCCACACACCACCUCCACACACCACCCCCACACACCACCCCCACACACCACCUCCACACACCACCCCCACACACCACCUCCACACACCACCCCCACACACCACCCCCACACACCACCUCCACACACCACCCCCACACACCACCUCCACACACCACCCCCACACACCACCCCCACACACCACCUCCACACACCACCCCCACACACCACCCCCACACACAACCAUCAAGGAUGUUCAGGGUUCUUGGCCAUGCUUUGCUACAGAACAAUCAGGAGCUCAGUUGUUUUUUUUUUUAUAAUUAUCUUAUGUUCAAUGGGAUAAUAAAUAUCCCAAGUUCCAGUUCUCUUUGAUUACAAACUGUGGGUUUCCGCUAUGAGGAGGAGCCAUUAACCAAAAGAGGUCUGUGUAGUUUCCCUUGCUGAAACCUCCGAUUGAGUUUAUAAUUAGUUUAUCUGGAAUUAAGUAGGUAACUCAAACAGGCUUGUCUCCCUUGAAGAAUUUAUACCUUGUCGUUAAUUUGUUUAUUUUCCCCCAUUAGUUUCAGUCUAAUAUUUGUUUUUCAAUUUGAUAUUUUUUUUUUCUGUCCAUGUCAGCUUAUAGAUUUUUAGAUCAGAUACAUUUUUGUUUGUGUUUUUAGAAGCCUUGUAACUAUACUUUGGCGACGCCUCAUAUAGACACCAUACCAUGUAAGUUUGUAGCUUGUUUCCCUCAUCUUCAUAGUGACAUAUCUGCUCGUAAAAGAAAGUGUCCACAAUGUUGUAUAUCUCUAAUAAUUGUAUUUUUAAACCGAACCCUUGUUGAUAAUACAAUUCUGACUUUAGCCUCCCUGUGGCACAUGUCAGUUUACAGGGAGGAAUAAAAUAAAAACUUAAUAAAGAUAUUAUGACCUGUUA